AAGCAAUGUACGAUGUACUAGCAGUGUGUUGCUAGCCUUAAGCAUGACGUCACUUGCUGCGCGUUGCGGCCGUUACAUUUCGUUGUCCGGCGUCUUGCAAACUCAAGGUUGAAUUGUAGCGCGCCCAAAUCCAACCUCGCUUUAAUGCAACCUGAAGCGUUGUCGACGUUUUAUUUCGUGUCUUGUUGAAGUUAUAGUGUUAGAGUGAUAAUCGAUCGGUCUCAACGGUAACAACAUGGUUGAUGUAAAUUCACUCACUGAUGAUGAACUGAGGACAAAAUUGGUGGAAUAUGGAUUUCCAGUCAUGCCUAUAACUGGCACCACCAGAAAUCUAAUGGCUAAGAAGUUAAAACUUCUUAUGGAGUCCAAGGGAAAAAGUUCAUCAGAGAGAAGAUCAUUGGGUAAAUUCUCAAGUGAUGAAGAGAGUGAUUCAGGAGAUGUAAAGAUUUCAAAGAAAGAUAAAAACAGGAGGAUUACCAUGGCUGUACCUCCAAUGCAGCAAUCGAAAGCUUCAAUUAUUGUAGAUGAAGUAAAGGACAUGGUGCCUCCAGCACCUGUUCAGAAAGAGAAGAAAUCUGUCAGCAGAAAGUCUGCAAAAAUUGUUGUUGACACCCCAGAAACCAACUCUGAUUCAGAGCCUGAGUUUGUUGAUGAAUACAAGGAGAGCUAUGAAACAGAAGUGCCUUUGAAGAAAAAAGCAUCUCCCAUCAAGGAAAAUCUACCUCCAAUUCUCAAACCUCAAGAAAUUCUUACUUCAAGAACUACAACAUCUUCUUCAUCGCGUUACACAACAUAUUCAAAACCAAUUGAUGUAUCUGAAAAAUUGGAGAAUAUUCGAUCAAGGCUAAGUUUAGGCACUAGAAAGGAUUACUUUACAGAAGCGGCUCAAUCUCAUGAAAUUAAUGAUGAAGUUACUCCAUUCCUCAGUAAUUUUACACGCCGUCUUUCGCAAAUGUCGCCGAGAAAUGGAUUGUCGGACGGAAAUUAUGAAGAUACUAAUUCCACACUGUAUUCACGCAGUAACUAUGCAAGCACAAGCAGGCCGAAAGCGCGCGAAUUUUCAAAACCAGCUUAUACUGGUCCCGCUGAUAACGAGCCUAACAAAAGUUCAAAUAUUUCAUUCAUUUUAAUCGCCGUUGUUGCCUUAUUCUUUGUCGUGCUGGCUGCUUUGUAUUACGGUAUGCAUAGUGGCUCCAACAUUGGCGCAAUAAUGGGCAAAACAAGCAAAUAUGAACCUCAAGAUUCUCUCUGAAGGUUAAGCAAAUUUAGCAUACGUUUUCUAUGUUGAACUCUUGAUAUUGCGUGGAUUUUUUAUUGUAAGUUUGAAAUAUUGUAUGCAGAGUUAUGUUCAGAAUACAUUUUGGAAGCACUAGCAUUAA